AUGCAGGAAGCUACGGUGAGGACGAAGAGCUUCCGGGAUGAGGACUACAGCUACAGGAGGGUGUUUCUGAGGAGCUAUCCGCUUCACUGGGAAGCGGACGAUAAAAGCGAUGAUGACUUCGGCAUGGCUGCCAACAAGAACGAUCAGAAGAAACCUAUGAAGAAGAUGAUACUAUCGGUGUUUCAGUGGGGAGAAGCUAGGGUUCUGGUUCUGAGGAGAUUCAAGCACAAGGUCACGGUUUACGCCGUGAGUUGUAUCCCUGGUGGCUAA